ACCUCCCUAGUGCUGGGACUAUAGGCAUGCACCACCAGGCCUGGCAAGAAAACUUUUAAAAAAUAUGUUAAAUUCAUAACCGGAACCUGUCAGGCCAUUGGUAAUAACAUCACAUUCACUUUUGCUCAACAUGGGCUGGGGGGUGUCGCGAUGCAAUGGUGAUUCCGUUCUACGAUGUAUAGUGUGUGCUCAGCACGCAGGAGGCCCUGGGUUUGGCCCUAGCGCCUUAAAAAAAAAGGCAAAGUUUUGCUCAGUACUUGUAAAGAGCCGGAGAUAUAGCUCAGCGGUGCAAGUGCCUGCCCGGCAAGUGGAAGGUCCUGAGUUCGAUUCCCGGUACCAAAAAAAAAAAUCAAUACUUGUAAAGCCCUGCGUCCAUUUGGGAAGAGACCGCCUUCAAUGCAGUGGAGAACAGAGACAAAAAAAGCCAGGCUGGCCCGCCUGAGGGCUGGGGCCAGGGGCCAGGGGCCAGGGGCCAGGAAGGGGAACUGCGGAACCAGGGGAGCCCCGAAGGCUAGCAGGGGCAGCGCGGGCCCAGAAGGAAGCACUCAGGACGGGACAGGCGAGGUCCCCGGCAGAUCCGGCUCUCCUCCCCUGGGAGCCCACACACCCGCGUCGGGGCGCACCAGCCCCGCGGCCGGCACGGGCGCCGACGGGAGCUGCGCUUUAACUGCCAUGUUUGCAACUUUUUAUAAACGCGCCCGGAACGCGCUGGUGGAAUUUCACCAAGCUAUCUCCAAGGCCGAGUCUCUGCUCUGGCAAGAGAAGCACCGACAGCCAGCAGUGCGACCGCCCCGCAGGAAAGGGCCUGGGCACUCCGAGGAGGGCGAGGAGGGCGGCACUCACUGGGGCUGCGGGCGGGCUUCCGUCUGAAGCAGCCCCCCAAGGUACAAGAAGAGGUGCCCGACGCACGUGCGGGACAGCGCACGCGUGGGAGCUGCCGGGGGCACACAGUAGGCCCCCUGGGAGGGAGCUCUGCGUCUCUAUCCUCCUCCUCCUCCUGCGGCUGCUUGAUUCCCCUCUUACCCCCUUUACCGCUGAGCUCUCCAGUUUUAUUUUUUCGGAGACUGGGUCUUGCUAGAUAGUUCAGGCGGGCCUCAGACUUGAAGUGAUCCUCCUGCCUCAGCCUCCUGCUGCUGGGAUUACAGGUGUGCACCACCAUGCUUGUCUUCUUCAUUUUUAGAUACCACAACACUUACACCCAUCUGUGAUGUUUGGAUUUGCUAAAGUGUGUAAGGUUACACACUGCAGAUUUGCUCCAGUGCUACAAUUUUUUAAAAUUAAUUAAUUUUUUGGUCUUUUUGAGACAGGGUCUCACUAUGCAGUUUAGGCUGGCCUUG